AUGAUGCCUCUCCCCAUCGCCAGGUGGGCUCCCGGCGUCGCCCUCAGCUGCAGAUCAUCCAUCCGCUGCAGGCCACAGCACCUCUCGCAUGUCCUCUCGUGCCGGUACUCUACACCGGCCGCCUCCCGGCAUGACCGGCCCUUCCGGCUGGCGGUCGUCGGCUCCGGCCCCGCCGGCUUCUACACCGCGUACCGCGUCAUGUCCCUGAUUGACCGCGCAAAGGUCGACAUGUACGAGGCCCUGCCCGUGCCCUUCGGCCUGGUCAGGUUCGGCGUCGCUCCCGAUCAUCCUGAAGUCAAGAACUGUCAAGACAAGUUCUCCGAGGUUGCUUCCUCUCCCAACUUCACCUUUGUCGGCAACGUGUCUGUUGGCCACCCGCCGUUCCACCCAGACGGCCAAUCGGUGCCCCUGGCCACGUUGAUGCGCCACUACGACGCCGUGCUGUUCGCAUACGGCGCAGCAAAGGACAGGACCCUCGAGAUCCCAGGCGAGUCGACCCUGAAGCGCAUCUAUUCCGCCCGUGAGUUCGUGGGCUGGUACAACGGCCUGCCCGAGUUCGCAGGCCUGAACCCGGAUCUCUCCCACGGCGAGGCUGUCAUCAUCGGCCAGGGCAAUGUCGCCAUCGACGUCGCCCGCGUCCUGCUCGAGGACGUGGACAAGCUGCGCAACACCGACAUGGCCGACUAUGCCCUGGAGGCUCUGUCCACGAGCCAGGUCAGGCGCGUCCGCAUCGCCGGCAGGAGAGGCCCAAUGCAGGCCGCCUUCACCAUCAAGGAGGUCCGGGAGCUGAUGAACCUCGCCGGCGUCUCGGCCGACCCCGUCGACACCUCGCUCGUCCCGUCCGACCUCAAGUCCUUGCCCCGCGCGCGCAAGCGCCUGACCGAGGUCCUCCUCAGGGGCUCUCGGACGCCACGUUCUUCCGCUUCCAGGUCCUGGGCAUUGGACUUCUGCAUGUCACCAGUCGAAUUCCACCCGGACCCCGCAGACCCGGCGGCCGUCGGAAAGACCGUGUUCGAUCGUACCUCCCUGUCCCCGGACGCCUUCGACCCCGGCGCCAAGGCCAUCAGCUCCGGGGAGACCAUCCCAGUCGACUCCCCGCUUGUCUUCCGCUCCAUAGGCUACAAGUCUGUGGCCCUUGACGAGUUCGGCGCACUCGGCGUUGCCUUCAACGACCACAGCGGCGUGAUUGGCAAUGACCAGUUCGGGGGGCGCGUCCUCCGCAGCACUGCUGACACUGGCCGCGCCGAGCUAUUCCCAGGGCUGUACUGCGCGGGCUGGGUGAAGCGGGGCCCCACGGGCGUGAUCGCCAGUACCAUGGAAGACGCAUUCGCAACGGCUGAAGCUAUAGCAGAGGACUGGAAGGCGGGCAGGGGGUUCCUUGGUCAGUCUGGCGCAGCGGACGCGAGCAAGGUCGACAGCGCUGGCUGGGAGGGGGUGCAGAGUGACGCAGGCAGGAGGGUUGCGAAUUCCGCUGUCGACUGGGAGGGGUGGUUGGCAAUUGACAAGGCCGAGAGGGACCGGGGCCAGCUGAAGGGCAAGGAGCGGGACAAGUUCACAGCCACGAGCGACAUGCUGAGCGUACCCUUCUCGUCCAUGGCAUGA